AUGGAGCGAGGAGGUCUGCGGUCACAGCAGCAGGAGGCGGAGCGGGUGGCGCGCGAGCUCAUGGACGUGAAGAUUGAGGCGGCGCACCUGCGCGAGCGUCUGCGUCUGCGGGUGGGCGGCGACGCGACGGCAGCAGAGCUCGAGGCCGAAGCGUUCGCGCUGCAGACGGCGCUGGGGGAAGCGCAGGCGACGCUCAAGACGCGGGAGACGGCGCUCCAGACGCUCGAGCGGAAGUACGAGCAGUCGAUGCGCGGGAUGCUGCAGCUGGACGAGGCCUGGAAGCUCAGCAAGACGCAGACGAGGGCGGCGACGGACGCGCUGCAGGCGGUGGCGCAGCAACUGGACGACGAGAAGCGGCGAGGCGACGAGUUGCAGCGGCAGUUGGAGGCGGCGACCGGCCGAGAGGCGAUGCUGGCGGACCGAGUCGAUCAGCUGACGCUGGAGGUGGCCGAGGCGGCGCGCAGGAGCUGUGCGGAGCGACAAGUGGCCAAGCGGCGCGAGAUGCAGAUCUGUGAGCUGAGGGCCGAGUUGGAGACGACGCGGCAGACGUUUGAGGCGCAGAGGAGAGCAGAGGAAGGCGUGACACGGGACGAUGUGAGGCAGUUGCAGAAACAGCUGCAGGCGGCGCAGGAGCAGGCGGCGGCAUUGAGGGGAGAGGUACAUGCGCGACACGACGAGGCGGCGAAGGUGGAGGCGGAACUCCGUGCUGUGAAAGAGGCGGAAGCCGAGACGAAGCAGCGACUGGUCAAGCUGACGGAGGAACAUGCGACGCUGCGAGUGCACUUGGAGUCCGCCAAGUCGGUGGCAGCAGAGAGCACGCAGAGAGCGGUGGAGGCAGAGACGGAGAAUGACAGCAUGCGGAGGGGGCUGGACGAACGAGACGAGGUGGCCAAAGAAAAGGAACAGACAGUGCGUGCGCUGGAGCAGGAAGUUCUUCAGAUGCAGAAAGUGGUCGAGGAGGAGCUGAGGAAGAAGAAGCAGGCGAUAGCAGAGACAGAGCAGCGGUUGACAAGGGAGUCGCAGGAGAUGCUGCAAGCGCAGGAAGAGACGUGGAGCUGUCGAGAACGCGCUUUGCAGCUCGAAGUGGCAAAGUGCGAAGGUGAAUUGGCUCGUGUGCAGGCGUUCCAUAUUGAGCUGGCGGAACUGCUACAGAUGAAGGAAGGCGAAGAUACGCUAACUGGUCUAUCGCAAGGCGUCGAGCCCACGAUGCUCAAAGCGCUUGUGGUCCAGCAAAUUAACAAGCGGGAAGUCCUCACGGCAGCAUUGGGGCAAAUGAAAGCAAAAGCGGGUGCAAUGAAACGGCAGCUCCGUUUACACAGUCGACUUGAGACGGAGAACCAGACACUUCGUGCUGAGUACGAGAAGGCGAAGCUAGCAAUGGAGCGUAUGGCCUCCCGAAAAGGAAAGAGUUGCGCUUCGUUGCCGGCCCGGCAAGUUGGGGGCGAGAUUGGCAGUAGCAGUCCUUGCGCGAAAAGUGUUGGCAAGGAGAUUCGAUCAGGCGACGGGGAAGACGGGCCGUUUGUGAAGCGGAGGCUGGAGGCAGACGAAGCAAACGUGACUGAGGUCAGGACGACACCUCGGAAAGCGCAGCGCACGAAACACGUGUAUGUAGCUUCUCGGUAUAUGGACAGUGCAUCGAAGCGCUGA